GGGUGAGUCAGCUGAUCGCUUUCCCACAUUUACUGCAGAUUGUUCGUCGUUGUUGUGGUUUUUCGCGUUUUAGUCGAGUGCGGUUUUAAAUUGAUUUCUCACGCCCGCGGGGGGCCAUCAUUUCGAAGAGGACGAGUGGAGUGCUCAAUCUUUUUGAGCAUCAUCUGGCUCAGUCGGUCGACCUUGUUCGUUUCGAUAAAUUAGAAUUUGCGGUCCGCGUGUUCGGCGAUGACGUAACGUGUUUUUGGAAGCUGAGAAUUUCGCCAUGGACGCCGACGAUCGAUCCCUGAGUUCCGGAAUUUCGAUUCCGCAAUGGAUGAAGAAUAAAAUGACCGAAAACAGAUUUGACUUGGACCAAAACACGAUUUCGCCCCCCAGCAACGACGACAGCUUUCUGUACAUCGGCUAUCCCCAACUGGCAAAGAAGCUUCAGGCCGCCGCCGACACGAAACCGAACGUCUCAAACUGCACAAUUGACUACGACAAUCACACGGCUCCGUGCAAGCAAUACAUCGUAAACCCGGGCUACGUCCCUUCGGCGGUGAAGAACAAACCGAAAGACGUCAAAAUCAAGUCCAACGGCACGGAUGACGGUUUCAAAGGCGAGGGCGCCGCGUGCGGAAGCUCCGUGGUGAGGGUCGCCCAUCAGAUGGUCUCCGGCAAGUAUCCCAUCAACCAGACGGCGAUGGUCGACGCCGAUCCCCUCCGACCGAAGAGCUUCGCGCCGUCGCGACGAAGAGGCAGCAAAUCGCUACCCGCCUCCCCCCUCACCUCGCCGCAGACCUCGCCGAAGGGCAGGCGCCGGCUGACCGUAAACAAGUAUUUCACAGGCCCGUUCGUCGACGCCGACAGCCAGCCGAACAGUUGGAUUCUGCAGGGACUUUUGAGUAAACGCGAAAUGUCGAUGUCGGUCGAGCAGAUACCGGAGGAGAGCGUCAAGAGUGAUAUUUUAAAGGCGAUCUCCUCGCUUAACGUUCACGAAACUAAACCUAGUGUUAGCAGUGCGAAGAAGGAGUUUAACGCGAAACCUUCCGAGUAUCGGGAGAUGAACUUUUGGUCCCCCACUACUAUGUAGUUUUUAAAGUGUUGGUGAUAACUUUGGACAUUUUGCAGAGACGGGUAGCGAAUAGUUUAUUUUAUUAUAAAAUACUAAAUUAGUAUAUUUAAAUAAAAGACCCUUAAUUUCUUAAGUAAAA